AUGACGAGGUACUAUCCCGAAAAUGACUUUCCGGAGGCGUGGAAAAUAUUAAAGCCGUUUAUGCUCAGCGACGACGCUCUGAUAACCAUCCGGAACUCAAUGACGCGUGAAUUACUGAACGGUCUGGGCAAGGAUACCCAUAGUCGAUCCUCCAUACCCUCUUGGCUGAGUUAUGUGCAGCAGCUGCCGACGGGAGAUGAACGAGGUCGUUUCCUUGCCUUAGAGAUGUGGCCCUCCAACUGCCGUAUUAUGCUGGUCAAAUUCAGCAGUGAGAAUGACAUCUACAUGAGCUCCAAAAGCGUUAUCAUACCACAUACGAUAGCUGCAUCUCGUGGUACUACGCUUUUUAACUUUUUAGCCCAUAAUAUUGCAACAUUUGUCAGAGCAAAAAAAGUUGAGAGGGACAAUCUUCCAAUGGGAAUUGCGUUCGCAUUCGACCUGAACAAGCUGUCGCUGGAUGUGGGCAUUCUGAUCAGAUGGACUCAGGGGUACGGUGCUCAAUGCGCCAUUGGCAAGAAUGUGGUGCAGCUACUACGGAACGCCUUGGAUGAGUUCAAGGAUGUAAAAAUAAACCUGAACUCAAUUGUUAAUAUCUCCACCGGUUCCCUGAUGGCACUCGCCUGGUCUUGUCCCGAAUGUAGAAUCGGCCUUAUUGUUGGAUUAACCACAAAUGCCGCCUAUGUGGAGCAUGUUGACGAGUGCGAAAGGUUUCAAGAGGAUACAAAAUACCCCCUGAUGAUCGUCAACACUGAUUGGGGCAAUUUUGGUUCCAACGGUCACUUGGACUUUGUGCGCACUGAGUUCGACAAGAUAAUUGAUGAUGAGUCGAACAAUCCGGGCAUGAAAUAUUAUGACAAAUGCAUAAGCGCACUGAAUUUGGGUGAACUGGUGCGCCUUAUAAUUGUGCGUCUUAUAGAUAUGGGAGUCAUUUUUAAGGGUGCAAACAUGCAGUCUAUAGGAAUUCGAUGGAAAAUGGAAAUGAAGUCGAUUUUGGCUAUUGAGUCAGAUUCACCAAACGUUUAUACAAAUGCUCAGAAGGUCAUGGACAAAUUCGGUAUUUAUAACUGCAAUGAACGUGAUUUGGCCACUUUACGCUUCAUAUGCAAGAUAGUCGGCCUCCGCUCCGCCAAGCUGGUAGCUGCUGGCUUAGCCUGCCUGAUCAAUCGGAUGAACUACCCCCGGAUUUCUAUAUCGGUUGACGGUGGUGUAUAUCGCUUGUAUCCCACUUACCAGGAGAACCUUUAUAAGUAUACCUUAAUGCUGACAAAUCCCCACAACAAAUUUGAAAUCAUCGCCUCAGAAGACAGUCCAGGAGUGGGUGCUGCUAUUGUGGCUGGUCUAGCAUCAACAUUAUCAUCCAAAUAA